UCACUUCCUUGAUAAGCAACAACUGACAGCGAUGUUGUUGGAGAUUGGCCGAAACUGGAUGUGUCGGUUGACAAGAGUUGUUCAUGGCAUAUUUGUAAGGAGGCUGUGACGAGUACACCUGAUAUAGUAUGACUUCCUCAGAGGUCUCCAUGGAAACAAAUGCUAUGGCUGCUCCCACACGGGAUCCAUCAGCCAUCAUAGACACUGCAGCACACAUUCAGGAAACAAUGGCAGCGCUGGAUGAGAACCAACCAUUCUACACCAAACAGGGGGAAAACUUCAUGUGUAACCUUUGUGACAAAUCAUUCAACUAUAAAAAUGGCUUGAUCAGACAUUUAAGGUUGACCCAUGGAAAAGAAAAACCAUUUGAAUGUAACAUUUGUCAUCGAAGAUUUGGCUACAAGAACAUCUUAAUGGAACAUCAGAAUAUCCACUUUGGAAUAAAACCCUAUGCUUGUAAUCUUUGUGACAAACGUUUUGCAGCAAGGUCUAAUCUGGUUCAACACAAGUUGGUACACAGGAAACCGUUUUCUUGUACGAUUUGUACGAAACGGUUUGACAAACCUGAACAACUUCAGAGGCAUCUGCUGGGUCACCCUGGAGGAGUAUUGAGCUGUAACCUGUGUUCCUUCUCCACUACAAACCAGUUGUCACUCAAUGACCACAUACAGAAGAGUCAUCCACCACAGAUCAUGAAUACAAAGGACAAACAUUCCUCAACUCUUGAAGGGUCGUCAGUUGAUAAUUCUGGAUUCAAUCAGCAGAAAGGUACAUUACCUCAGUUUGGUGUUGCUUUUAACUUUUCUAAGAUGAAGUCGCCAAGUCAACAAAUGCAAACUCCUUCUCCGAGCCAUUCAGGGAGCAGUAGUCCUAUGGUGUCAUCAAGCCCUGGAAACGAUAUGAGUGUAGACAGUAUUAGACGUAUUGACAGUAUAUGUGCCAACUUGGCAUCACGCAAUCCAUCCGCUCUACCUCAGGGAGACCUCGGUGGACUGACCCAAAUAAAACAAGAACCUCAGUCCCCUUGUUCUGACAAUGCCGAUUCCGCCCAUUUUAUGAACCCUGGCAUGAGUUCUCCAUUUGGACACAACAUGAGUAUGAAUCAUCUAAACCAACAGCGUAUGCACAUGGGAGGCUACUCUGGUACAGGUCACUUUGGUUCAAGUAGUGGCAGUCAUCGUGGCCGAAGUCAGAGUACUGAUAAUGCUGUUUUAGCCUCUGCUGUAAUAAAUGUGGAAUCCACACAACCUGGCUCAGCGAGGCACAGCAGUGGCCAAACAAAAGAGGCAGCUGAUUCUACCAGCAAUGUGUCUGAGGUGCUGUCCAUGCUGCAGACUCUUGCUCGACGCUCUGAGGAAGAAGGCCCUGGGAAGUUUCCACAAAUUUCAAUCACAAUCAGUCAUCCAAAAAACAAUGUGGAUAAAGCUACACAAUUCACACAGCACAACCCAAGCGCACCCAAUCUGCAGGACACCCUAGCUUAUUAUGAGGCUCAGGGCAAGAUCUACAGAUGUCAGCACUGCCGUAUUUUAUUUGAGGAGCGUGGGCUGUAUUUUCUACAUGUUGCCCUUCAUGGCUCGCCGAACCCCUGGGAAUGUAGCAUCUGUCAUACUGUAUUUGGUGACAGAAAUGACUUCCACCUUCAUUUGAUCAACCAGCAGCAUUGUCAUGGUACUGUAUAAAAUCAGCACCAAUCAGGUUCAUAGUGUUAAUUUAGUAUCUACACCAAUGGUUUUGCUUAUAUUUAUUAUAUUUAUCUCAUGAAUGGCCCUAUGCCCUAUAAUAGUUACAACCUUCUUUCAUAAAUUCACAUCGAUGAACCGAUGCCAUUUUAGCAUUAUAAGUACUAAAUACUGUCACAGAUAUAUAUAUGAAUAUGUAUUAAACUUUAGAAAAAAAAACAAUGUGCAUCAGUAGACAUAAAAAAUAAAGAGAUAAUUAUAUAUAAACACUGCAUUAUCACUAAUGCUUUCAAACCUUCUGGGCCAUCUUCAGGUGAUUGUUGUUAAUACUAGUUCUUUGUAAUAAAACAAUCACCUGAAGAUGGCCGGGAAGGUCUGAAAACAUUAGUGAUAAUGCUGUGUUUAAUUUAUCUCUUUAUUUUGAUUCAUACAUUGUUUUCAAUUUGGCAGUUAAAAGUUUAACUUUUGAAUUGUUUCACAUCUUUUCUCAUUGAUCACGAUCUUAUCAACAAUUAUUUGAUUAUAUGAAAAAUAGACCUACACCCUCGUCAAUAUAUGAAAAUUUGGAGAGAAAAAUGAAAGUUAAAUGAUUUGAUACGUCAAUCAAUUAAAGGUUUAUUGAAUUUGUUAAAUAAUUCCGUUUUGAUGCUCAAGCAGUAUAAGCAUGCAUGCUAUAGCUAACUGAUCGUGACCUUGAGUGAUUUGGAGAUGGACAGGUGGAGAAUGCAUAUUGUAUAUCUGCCAGAUAUAAUAUGUUGGAUUUAGUUUUUCCAAUACCAUUUAAACCCACCGAAUUUCUUAGAAAUAUGAAAAAACAAGAGACAGAAAUUUGUCCUUUACAUUAUACAUAAUAAUGUAAAAUCCAUAAUUGAUUCAAACAGUAUAUGAAAUUUUAUAAGGAAAGAGGAGUGGUUUUAGUAAAGCCGUUAAAAUCUUUGCUGAUAUACAGUAUUUUAAGUUAGGAGUAUAAGUCUGUUCUGUAGAUAACUUUUAUUUCUUAUAAACUGAAAAUCAAUCCUGGUUUCACGUGCAUGGAAACUUUUUAUUAAGCACAAUUCCCUAUGAUUUUGUUACAUUUUGAGUACUGAUUUUGUUGAAGAUAAAUAUAUAUAUUAUACCACAAUAUAUCUGCUGAUGGCAAGAUCAAAGCAAUGUUAAAUUUAUACAUACUAUGUAUGUACAAACAGUGAAAAAAAAACAGAAAAUCUUUUUGACUAAUUUCAGAAAAGGAAUUUGAGAAAUUGUGUAGUUCAACACAUCUGCAGAGUGAGGGUUGUGAAGGCCCCGAAGCCCUUUAUUACAUACAUAGUGAUAGUUAUCAUAUGCUUAUAUAUAAUUAUGUAUAAAUAUGAUUAUAAAUACUAGCACAUUGUUAGACAAUUUUCACAAAAGUUUUGUUGUUAUAGAUAUAUAUAGUGUUUUAUAUAUAUUUAAUAUUUUAGUAUACUACAUAUAUUUAUAUAUAUACAAUUGUAUUUGAACUUUAAAUGCCAUUUCAUCAAAGUGUCAUUAUUUUUUCCAUUUUUCAUUAACAGUAUUUUAUUUUAAUUAAACCUAUUUCUUGAUAGAUAUACCAGUUCUCUUACAUAUAUUUAUUCUCUAUGUGCAAUAGUUAAACAAUAUUAUAUAGAUCUUUAUAUAUCUGCUUAUAUUUUAUAUUCCAUGAAUGCAGAUCUAGACAAUUUGUGUGUUACUAGCAGAAGAAAGUUAUGCCCCUUUGUGCAUAUGGGAUGAGUUUAUGAGGAGAGAGAAUGAUUCCUUUCUGAAUAACUAAGUUUUUUUUUGCACUUUUGUAUUAUGUAAUUUUAUAAAAGGGACUAAUAUCUGUUUCACAUUUUCUUCGGCAAUAAGAAA